AGAAUACCGUGCAUAGGCCGCCCAAGAGCGACCAUUUGUCCAUAUGUCAAAACAUUUGCUCAUCUGUAUCGUAGUUUCUGUGUUUUCGCAGUGGUUCGCCGAGCAAAAAAGCGAGAAAACCAGUACAAAUCUAAGCAAAAUAUGAUUGGGGAGCACUGGAUGCACUUGAAAGAUCGACGUUGGAUGGCCUACGACUGAACACAAGAGGCUACAUGCUCGGCAGGUGGAAUUUUAUCCUCAGAAGUAGUGAAGGAAACAUACGCGCACUGGGGCACCAUUGUCAUUUUGUCAGCAAUGCAACUGCCACAUGAACGCAGUUUUAUAUUUAGAGCAUGACUCACCUGGGAAACAGUUAGAGAGCCCGCCCUCAACCGGAUGUCCAAAUAUCUAAGCAGUCAGAGAGAUGCCAUUUCCGCACCCGCGCUCCCAGUAAGCAGGGAAAACCGGGAGCUACCAAAAUCCCAGGGAGUCAAGCAACGCGAGCCACUGGUCUUUAUCAUCAUGCGACUGAACCUAAAAGCCGUGCUGCUCGUUCUCACAGUGGCUGUGGUGGUGAUCACUCUGGGCGUAUAUAUGCGCUGCGCCGCCUUCUCCUUUUCGCCUGACUUGGUGCGCCCUCUGGACCGAGCCUCAAAGCAGUCCUCCAGUGGAGGAGAGGCUACAGCGCUGCACGACAUUGAGUGCUCCAUUAACCAGGAGUACACCGUGCACUGCAAGCGAGACGAGAACGAAAACGAGGUGUACGUACCGUUUUCCUUCCUGCGUAACUACUUCGACGUCAGUGGAGCAGUUUCCACCAACAGCAAUGAGGUGGCCAAGUUCAACUGGAUGCACAGCACAGCCAAGGUUAACCUACCCAGGGGAAAGUAUGAUGCGCGCGGCGUCUUUAUGUACUUUGAAAACUACAACGUGGAGGUGCGCGACCGGGUGAAGUGCAUCAGCGCCGCCGAGGGCGUUCCAGUGAGUACGCAAUGGGAGAAGCGUGGAUACUUUUACCCCACGCAGAUUGCCCAGUUUGCGCUGUCGCACUACAGCAAGAACCUCACAGAGCCGGCGCCUAGGGUCCGUGUGUUGGAGGACGGCGACGUUAACCAAAUGGAAUGGACUACGCCCAAGACCAGCAACAUGACCCGCAUCUGGCACCAUAAGUUUAACACCAGCGUUGUCCAGUUCGAGACGGCACCUGGUUACGAGGGCGUCAUCACCAUUGCUCUCAACCAGACGUUGGACCUUUUGCUCAGCGUUGAUCUGCUGCUGGUAACCAAUAGCAGUAGUCUCAUGAUCACCGUCCAGAAUCGGGACACCCGUCACAUCUACAGCCUGCACUACAUACCCGCAGACCUGCUGCUGAGCGUGCAGGAUACAAACAUCUACUAUGGUCUGGGAGGCUCGGCACUGAACAAGUGGCGCCACAUCACCCGAGACCUGCACAUCGACCUCCAGAAGGGCAUCCUGGGUGACAAACGCUCGCCGCUAAAGGUACGCCGCUCCGAUCUGGAGGUUAUAUCUAUUGGCUUUUUGGGCCUAGGCUUUUUCGACAAUAUCACCUUGUCCACCAGUGACCAUCUGGCUCACUUUUACGACGCGGCUGAGUGGUUCGUCCACAACCAGGACCCUAAGACUGGUGGUUGGACCAAUCCUGUGCGUCGUAGCCUUAACGGCUUUGUCGAACUGCGCCCGGGGUGGAUAUCAGCCAUGGGUCAGGGGCAUGCAAUUUCUGUGCUGGCACGAGCCUACUGGCAUUCCGGCGGAGAUGAACGCUACCUUCGAGCCGCCGCAGCCGGACUGCAGCCUUAUAGGGUAUACUCGCGGGACGGCGGCGUUCUGGCGCAGUUCAUGGACAAGUUUUACUGGUACGAGGAGUACCCCACCACGCCACCCUCCUAUGUGCUGAACGGCUUUAUAUAUUCACUACUGGGUCUCUACGAUCUCAACAGUACAGCCCCAGGCAAAAUCGCCCGCGAGGCUGGAAAGCUUUUCGCUCAGGGCAUGUACUCGCUUAAAAAGAUGCUGUUGCUUUUCGACACUGGCUCCGGCACCAGCUACGACCUGCGCCAUCUGAGCUUGGGCGUGGCUCCUAACCUGGCGCGCUGGGACUACCAUGCAACGCACGUGAACCAGUUACUUCUGCUUGCCACCAUCGACAGCGAUCCACUAAUUGCACAAACUGCGGAACGCUGGAAGGGCUAUAUGUUUGGUCGUCGGGCAAAGCACAACUGAGAACUAAAGAAACUGGCGGUCUAUCGCCGUCGAAAAAGUGAUAUUUUUUAGGGCUUACGUAUUGUGCUUAACCAUUCAAAAUGGUUGCACCAAAUGAAAUAGUUUCGUGUUUCUAUUGUGUUAUUUCCGCCCUCGUAUGUGUGCUGAAGUCCUUAUUUAGCUUGUCUAUCUGGGCGCUUAGUGUUAAGCUGUUGUACCUUUACCUUUGAUUGCAUUAUCAGUUGUUGGCCUCGUCUACAAAAAUUUGUUAGUCACCUAUUGAAAGAUUAAUUGUUUGCCCAAGAGGAGAUGCACGCGAGCCCUCUGAACAAUACUUUAAAUGAAUAUUUAGACACUGACCGUUUUAGUUAGAUUUUUUACUGCGCAAACAAAGUAGAGUUUAAAAUUACACUUCCCUGUAUAAAGUAAUAUAGAGCUUAGCGUGCUAGAUGUAGAACGUAGUUGGUAUCUGUUAGAUACAAUCGUAGACUCUUGUAUUUAGCCUCCCGUGUAGAGGUAAAAGUAGCGUUCCCACUUAAUACUAACUGCCCCGAACCCAAAUAACGAUGCACGAUAAUAACGACUUGUAUAUGAUAAGCCUGUAAUGUAAUGUAUUGUAGUGUAUGCCACUCAAGAAUAUUGUGUACUUCUCGCCACCUAAACGAUGCCAUUCCAAACGUAAUUUUAUUUUAAAUCCUAAGUUUUCAACAUCGCCGAGAGGCCGUCAAUUAAGCAAAGAAAUAUACCCUUUGGAAUAUAAUCUUCGUAUCAUUUAUGUGUGUCCCACUACUAAUCCCAAAACGAGACUGUUAACGAAAAUAUUUGAUUUUCAAUAUUAUGUUAAGUGAACCAAAUUAAAGUACUUAAUUUAUGUUCUUUGCA